GCUGCACAGAGCCGCAGCUGCGGCAGCCACAGCUCGUCUUCUUGGUUCAUUUUGCGUUCAGUUUGCCUCUUCGACUCGUGUCCGCGGCACGCAGGCAGCUCGCAUGCUGCAGAGUGCAAAGUUCAAAAUCGCCAAAACGAAUAUUUAAGUGCACCACAAAAAAUACAAAAUAUACAAAAACGGAGCGAAAGAAAACUCACCGCAAAGUGUCUUUCUCCCAAUAGUUCAUCAUUUAAUUCGAGUGCAAAUCCGAGCCAAUGCCAGAGCCUGACUGCAGCAGCAGCAGCAGCGAGCUGCCCCUGCCGCCGCCGCCCUCCCCCACACAGCUGUUGCAAUAUGAAGCCGAGGAGCUGCUGCUGGUGCCCCAAAACCAAAACCAACAACAGCAACACCCGACACAAGGCUCAGCCCCAGCCAACCCACACCCAAACCCAGACCCACAGCAGCAGCAGCAGCAACAGGCCAGCAGCAAACACACACGCAGCCUCUCAUCAAUUUCGAGCGGCUCCUCGCAAACAUCCUCAUCGGGUGUGGGCGGCUGUGCCCAGUUGAGCCCCAGUUUGGUGGCAUCCAGCGCCUCGACGCUCUCCCUGGACAUGGAGCACUCGCCGCAGCAUUCGCGCCAAGCCUCUGGCUCGUGCACGUCGCUGGAUGUGGCCAGUGUUGUGCAGUGUCCCGUUGAUAAUUAUACAAUGUCAAUGCCAUCGCCGCCGCCGCCACCAGCGCCCGCACCCGCACCGCCAAGGCCCACACAGAAUGAGAAUGACAUGAAUACGCAGAACAAGAGCCAUAAUGCGUAUAAUCAGAUGCUGAAGCAGUAUGCCAAUAAGCUGCAGCAGCAACACCCCAACAACAGCAACAACAACACAAACACAACAGCAACAGAAACAACAACAAACAGACACAACAACACGGCCAAGCCAUUUGCAACAACAACAACAACAACAUCAGCAGCAACUGGGCAACUGCAGCCACAUGUCGCCGCGUUGACGGCAACACUUGCUAAUCAAUUGAAAUUUAAUUCACAUCAGGCAACAGCAGCAACUGCAACAGCAGCAACUGCAGCAGCAGCUAACAGUUAUCCAGCGCAGUCUGAAAUAAUGUCCGCCCACGUGGCGGAUGAGCAAUCAUCAGCUAAUUACAGCUACAACAACAACAACAACAUGGGCGACUCCGCUGCGUGCACAGGUCCGUGCAUGCAGACAUCCGCGAGCGGCUCGGAUCAGCCGUUCGAGUAUGUCACCUUGACCGGAAAUGUGAUACGCAGCGUGCAGCCGCCUGGUAAGGGCCCCGGCGCCAGCUAUCGGGUAAGUUACCGCCCGCCCCUCCCCCCAGCUCGCAGCUUGCCCCUAAGCCAGCCCCUCGCUAACACAAACUGUUUUAUGUUCUUUGUUAACUCGACUUAA